CUCGCGCGCGCGGCAGUCGGUCCGCGAAGCCCGUCGCUGCAGGUUCGCGCGGUCUCUGCGCGCGUCUCCGUGUGUGCCGGCGCGCUACACCCAAACAGCCAGCCAGCCAGCCAGCUAUAGCCAUAUAUUUAUCUCGCGAGGGAGGAACGCCCGCGACGGCGGCUGUUGAUUCUCGGAGCUGACUCCUGCGCGUUCUCUUUGCAGUAGAGACUGGUGCUGCAGCAGAGACAGGCUCGUCGAGCAGCAGCAGCAGCAGCAGUCCGCCAUUUUAGGAUGACAGUGACGAGGAAGCCGCAGCGGCCCCAGCUCUUUCGUCGCCACCAGGGUCCGGCGCCAGCGUCAGCUUCCGAUACGGUGAGUACUUGGACCCCCCUUUGUCAGGGUCCACAAAGGUACUCCGUUCUCGGGCCCGCCGCCGGCCGCGAGUUCGCGCGAUGCGGGAGGCCGAUUUGACGCGUCCUUCGCAUUUAGGGAGUAAGACGAGCUAUAGAUUUACUCUUUCGCCGCCGAAUCCAAUUUGCCCCGCUUACAUCGACAGGUUCGUUCGUUAGAUCGCGCGUCACGUAUACGUUUCGAAAAUCGUCCCUCCGCAUACAGCUUUCGGUUUCCGAUGCUCCAUAUAUUGAUUGUGUCGAAUCCCUUUGGGCUCUGGGCGCGCAGCAUGUGUGCGUAUAUUUAUUCUUUUCAAAGGGGGGGAUAUUGAAAUGUCUUUCUUCAAAUCGCUUGAAUUUCGUACAGGCUUUCUGUUUAGCCAGCCGCCUCGAGUUGCACCGCUCCGAUAUUAUCUCCUCUGUGUGCGUGCACGUAGCAAAGAAUCCAAUGAGCUCAGAGAGUGUCAUAGAUUUCGACGAUUGCUUUUUGACGACCGAAUUACAGCCGGAGCAAUAUGGCUAAUAAACUUAAUGCAGCGCUGCAGGGAACAAUUCCUCGCACAACUUUAUCUCGACCGAUCGAGCGCAUCUGCACUGAUCGGAUGAAUGUGCUUUUCCAAGUCGUGGCGGUGUUCCAAGCUCUCUCGCAUCUUUCGCCGCUCGAAGUCACGACAUCACGUCCAGAUACAUAUAGUUAGAAGCCGACGUUAUCGGAGCAGCUGGCGCUCCCGAGUCCCGCAGCGGCCGGCAAGAAGCGCAGUUGUCGCGUUACACGCGUUCGGUCAGUUCGGUGCAUGCAUAACCUCAAAAUGAUCGAAUUCGAAGACGUCGAACGGGUGGUGGAGCGGGCGGUCGGGCCCAAGGCCAGGCUCCUCGCUCACCGGGUGGAGCCGUUCACGAAAAGCCGGCAGUUCGGGAUCAUGGGCGAGCACUACGAGCUCGCCGUCGAGGUGAACGUCGGUGACGAGGAGGAGGAGGAGGAGGGGCAGGGGGACGGCAGCGGGAGGCCGGUUCGCAGCCUCAAGUUUUUCCUCAAGACCCCACCCGAGUCCGCGGCCUUGCGCGACACGCUGGUGGACGACUGGGUGAGCCACGAGGAGGUGCACUUCUUCGCGCAGAUCCAUCCGCUCCUGGUGCAAGAGUGCCGCGAGCGAGGCAUCGAGCGCUGGUCGCCCGCGUGUUACCUGGCCAGGCCGGAGGCCCUGGUUCUCGAGGACCUGCGCUCGCAGGGCUACGCCGUCAGGCGGAACCGGAUCUUCGGGGGGGACGAGCUGAAGGCGGUGCUCGCGAGCCUGGCGAGGUUCCACGCCUCGAGCCUGCUGCUGCAGAGGAGGCUCGGCAGGCCGCUGAACGAGCUCUUCCCCGCGGCCUUUCGCGAGAAGACCUUCACGGAGCUGGGCAAGGGCGGCCGCAGCAACAGGCUGGGCUUCGAGACCAUGCGCUGUCUGGCCGAGAGACUCGGACUGACGGACGGCGCCCGCAUGCUGCCGAGGAUUCUGGCCAGGCUCUGCGAGCUCGUCGAGCCUCGAGCGGGCCUGCGGCGGGCGCUAGGAGCGGCCGAGGCGAUGGUCCGGCUGCAGGGGCCGCUCUGGCUGUGGCUGCUGCUGCCGGCCGUGAGCCUGGGCGGCGGUGGCGGCGGCGGCGGCGGCGGCGGCGGCGGAGUCCAGCGCGUCGGCAGCAGCAUCAAGAUCGGCAAGUCCGAGCGCAGCAGCUCCACGCUCACCGGCCGCGGCAGCUCGAGCAUCAAGAUCGGCGAGGCCGCCAAGUUCCUCAACAGCACCAGGGUCCUCAGGCCCGCGCUCAGCACCUCCAUGACCAGCACGAGCAUUCCCCUGGCGUACGCCUCGCCCCAGCCGGAGAGCGCCAGCAGCGAGUACGGAAAUAGCAACGUUACCAAGAUGCUCAAGGUGGGCCUGGCGGUGCCGUACAAGUCCUUCGGCUACCGGGAGUACACGCGCGCGGUCAGCCGCGUGGUCACGGCCCUGCAGAAGAGCACCAAGCGGCCGAACCUCGGCCUCUUCCAGCACUACGACAUCUUCGUGAAGGUGGCCAUGCAGGAGCUCACGCCCAGCCCCAUGAAGGCUUGCUUGCUUGCUUGCUUGCUUCACGCAGACAUACUGAACUCGCUGUGCAAGGAGUUCCUCUCGCUCAACGUCUCGGCGAUACUCUACCUGAUGAACUACGAGCAGUACGGCCGGAGCACCGCCAGCGCCCAGUACUUCCUCCAGCUGGCCGGCUACCUGGGCAUACCCGUCAUCGCCUGGAACGCCGACAACUCGGGCCUCGAGCGAAGCAGCCUGCACCUGCAGCUGGCGCCGUCGAUCGAGCACCAGACGGCCGCCAUGCUGAGCAUCCUCGAGCGCUACAAGUGGCACCAGUUCAGCGUCGUCACCUCCCAGAUAGCCGGGCACGACGACUUCGUCCAGGCGGUGCGCGAGCGCGUCUCCGAGACCCAGGAGCGCUUCAAGUUCACGCUCCUCAACGCCGUGCUCUGGACCAAGACCAAGGACCUCAUGGAGCUGAUAAACAGCGAGUCCAGGGUGAUGCUGCUCUACUCGACGCGCGAGGAGGCCAACAGCAUCCUCAGGGACGCGCACGAGCUCAAGAUCACCGGGGAGAACUACGUGUGGGUCGUCACGCAGAGCGUCGUCGAGAACCUCCAGCCCAGACACCACUUCCCCGUCGGCAUGAUUGGGGUCCACUUCGACACGAGCAGCUCGAGCCUCGUCAACGAAAUAGCCACGGCGAUCAAGGUCUACGCGUACGGCGUCGAGGACUUUGUCAACGACCCCUCCAACUACGGCAUCAGCCUCAACACGCAGCUCAGCUGCGACGACCUCGAGGGCGAGUCGCGCUGGAGCACCGGCGAGCACUUCUUCAAGUACCUGAAGAACGUGUCGGUCGAGGCGGAGUACGGCAAGCCGCACGUCCAGUUCACGCAGGACGGCCUCCUCAAGUCCGCCGAGCUCAAGAUCAUGAACCUGCGGCCCGGGGCCAGCAUGCAAUUGGUCUGGGAGGAGAUCGGCACCUGGAAAUCCUGGGAGAAGGACGGCCUGGACAUCAAGGAUAUCGUGUGGCCGGGCAACAUGCACACGCCGCCCCAGGGCGUGCCCGAGAAGUUCCACGUGAAGAUCACCUUCCUCGAGGAGCCGCCCUACAUCAACCUCGCGCCCCCGGACCCCGUGAGCGGCAAGUGCCUCAUGGAGCGGGGCGUCCACUGCCGCGUCGCCAAGGAAUCCGACCUCCAGGAGGCGGACCUCCAGACGGCCCAGCGUAAUGGGAGCUCGUACCAGUGCUGCAGCGGCUUCUGCAUAGACCUGCUACAAAAGUUCUCCGAAGAGAUGGGAUUCACUUACGAACUCGUCAGGGUCGAGGACGGCAAGUGGGGCACGCUCGAGAACGGCAAAUGGAACGGACUGAUAGCGGAUUUGGUUAACCGGAAGACCGACAUGGUGAUGACGUCGUUGAAGAUUAAUUCCGAGCGGGAGGCAGUAGUUGACUUUACGGUGCCGUUCAUGGAGACCGGAACUGCCAUUGUCGUCGCCAAGCGGACCGGAAUCAUUUCGCCGACGGCGUUUUUGGAACCGUUCGACACAGCUUCCUGGAUGCUCGUUGGCUUUGUGGCUAUACACUCGGCUACCUUCAUGAUUUUCCUCUUCGAGUGGCUCUCGCCAUCUGGCUUUGGCAUUAACGAUUCCUCGGGCUACUCGAACCGGAAGCCGGCCGGCAGGUCGCUGAGACACCGCUUCUCCCUCUGCCGGGUCUACUGGCUGGUCUGGGCGGUCCUCUUCCAGGCUGCCGUCCACGUUGACUCGCCGAGAGGAUUUACGGCGAGAUUCAUGACGAACGUGUGGGCGAUGUUCGCCGUGGUGUUCCUGGCCAUCUACACGGCGAACCUCGCGGCCUUCAUGAUAACGCGCGAAGAGUUCUUCGACUUCAGCGGCGUCGACGACCACCGACUGGCCAGGCCCACCUCCCACAAGCCCAUGAUCAAGUUCGGCACGGUGCCCUGGACUCACACCGACAGCACCCUCGGCAAGUACUUCAGGGAGAUGUACGCCUACAUGAAGAAUUACAACAAGAACAGCGUCGCCGAGGGCAUCGAGGCCGUUAUCAACGGAGACCUGGACGCCUUCAUCUACGACGGCACGGUCCUCGACUACCUGGUGUCCCAGGACGAGGACUGCAGAUUGCUGACGGUCGGCUCGUGGUACGCCAUGACGGGCUACGGACUGGCCUUUCCGCGCAACUCGAGAUUCCUGAAGAUGUUCAACCAGCGCCUGCUCGACUACCGGGACAACGGUGACUUGGAGAGGCUGCGCCGCUACUGGAUGACGGGCACCUGCAGGCCGGACAAGGAGGUCCAGAAGAGCAGCGACCCCCUCGCGCUCGAGCAGUUCUUAAGCGCUUUCCUAAUGCUCAUGGUCGGGAUCCUGAUAGCGGCCAUUCUCCUGCUGCUCGAGCACAUCUACUUCAAGUACAUCAGGCAGCACCUCGCCAAGGACAGCCGGGCCAGCAAGUGCUGCGCGCUCCUCAGCGUUCGCGAGAUGCUGAACCCGGAGAUGGAUGUUAAAACUUGAUAUGUUGUUAGGCGGGGAGGCGACGAGAGCGAUAACGAAUCUCUGCCUUCCUCGCGCGAUUACUUCCACGCCAUCGUCGACAGCAAUGAGAGAAACCUCUCCACGCUACUGUGAGCCGGACGACUGCGUAAAUCAAAAUAUAACGAACUGUCGUACUCGUGCCGCGGAAUAAGAGGCCGGUAUGAAGGAAGCUGAAAACAAUGGCCGUUUAUACGUAUAUAUUAUGCAUAAGUGUUUGAGCAUUUGUAUUGAAAACGCGAUGUUGUUAACCGUAUAUGAAUACACGUUAAUUUAAUAUGUCUCCGAAUGUUCAAUAUAAUAAAGUCAUGCUCGUGUGUCGCAA